AUGUCGUCAAAUCGGCCUGCUGCCUUCUCGAGCUUAAGAAUGGGAGAAGUAAUCCGCGAAAAGGUUCAAGAUGGCGUUACUGGCGAAACCCGAGAUAUGCAAUACACACAAUGCAAGAUUGUUGGAAAUGGUUCCUUCGGUGUCGUCUUUCAAACCAAGUUGUCACCUUCAGGAGAAGAUGCUGCCAUCAAACGCGUUUUGCAAGACAAGAGAUUCAAGAAUCGUGAAUUGCAAAUCAUGCGCAUUGUUCGUCACCCUAACAUUGUCGAACUAAAGGCGUUCUAUUAUUCCAACGGCGAGCGAAAGGAUGAGGUAUAUCUUAAUCUAGUGCAAGAAUUCGUUCCUGAGACCGUUUACCGCGCAUCAAGAUAUUUCAACAAGAUGAAGACCACAAUGCCGAUCAUCGAAGUCAAGCUUUACAUUUAUCAACUCUUCCGCGCCCUAGCCUAUAUCCACUCCCAAGGAAUCUGCCAUCGUGAUAUCAAGCCACAAAAUUUGCUCUUAGACCCAGGCAGUGGAAUUUUGAAGUUGUGUGAUUUUGGUAGUGCAAAGAUACUCGUAGAGAAUGAGCCAAACGUUUCAUACAUUUGCUCACGCUACUACAGAGCACCCGAGUUGAUCUUCGGUGCUACCAACUACACAACCAAGAUUGAUGUUUGGUCCACUGGUUGUGUGAUGGCAGAAUUAAUGCUUGGUCAACCACUCUUCCCAGGUGAAUCUGGUAUUGAUCAACUCGUCGAAAUUAUCAAGGUCCUAGGUACACCAACUCGGGAUCAAAUUCGUACCAUGAACCCCAACUACAUGGAGCACAAGUUCCCUCAGAUUAAGCCACACCCAUUCAACAAGGUCUUCCGCAAAGCCGAUGCUAGUGCCAUCGAACUCAUCUCCAAGUUGUUAGAGUAUACUCCUACUGAGAGACUCUCCGCCAUUGAAGCUAUGGUUCACCCAUUCUUUGAUGAGUUACGUGAACCAGACAAGACGUUCCCGGAUUCUCGCCACCCCGGCAACUCAGCGAAGAAUCUCCCAACUUUGUUCGAUUUCUCUCUUCAUGAAUUAUCCAUUGCACCGGAACACAACCAACGGCUGGUACCGCAAUAUAUUCGAGCAGGUUUGGUAGCAAGAGAUAGCAAACUUGAUAUUGAUAGCCCAGAUUUCAAACCAUUGACGAGAGAUGCGAUGAUGGCAAGAUUAGAUUGA